AGCCCCCUACUCCGGGGCGGUCGAAGUGGUUUUUUUUGUUUUGUUUUUGUUCUUCUUGUGGAGAUGUACUCGGCCAAAAGGGGUGUCGAUGGCGUGGUGUGUGUGUGGGAUCGUGCAAAGGCGUGUUGGCUGCAGUAGGAGUGUUUGAUGGUUGGGGGCUGCAAACUCAGCUCUAGGGGAACGUCAGUGGGAGGUACCAAUAUCAGAUGUCUCACCUCUCCAGGGUCCCCGGACCUCACUGCCUAGCGCGGAAUGCUCAGAAACCCUCAGCCUCCCGAGCGAGCUGAGGCGCCUGCCUUAGGAAGCCUGAGAGCUGUUUAAGGUUGGGUGGGCUCCUCUUGGAAGAGGCAGGGAGUCGGAGCCUGGAGAAAGGCCCUGCCUGGUAGGGCAGGUGGGAGCGUGGGGUGGUGACCCAAGAAAGGUUGGUGUGCCGAUUUGUGUGACUCGCAGACUGUUGCAUCACGACUCUGGGUUACUGUUUCAUGCGGAAAGGACAGCAUCGGGGUCUUAGAGACCUGCUUGCAAACAGAAAUGGGCUAGCAGUUUGUUGGUUUUGAAAGAAGAGGGUAGAGAGCUUCUGUAUCACCAGCUUGCCCACUCCUCUUGAGCUGCUAGAGGUGAGGAGGCACCAAAAAAGCUGCUCUGGUGUCUAGUCAGGCCUGGGGGAGGUGGGAGAGGGAGGAAGUGAGGUUCCUAGGAAAGCACUGUAACUGGAGACUUCUCAAAUGAUCUCUAUGCUUUUGAGCACUGAAAAAAAAAAAAAGAACUGCAGUGGUGUAUGUGUGUAGUAGAAACAAUGCCUUGAGAUGAGAGGGAAGAGGGAACUGGAUGCAGCUUGUGUUCUAGGCACCAAACUUAGAAGCAGGGGACUGUUUGAGAGGUCCUGGCUUGACAGUGCUGGAAUGCAGAGUAGAGGCUCUGUAACUUCACAGGGGCCCUGAGGGUGGAAGGCAGAAGGACAAGCCAUCUUCAGAGCCUAAACCUCAGGCUCCAUUAUUAGGAAACUGAGAACAUUUUAUGAAGCAGAAAAUUAAGGCAAGUGUAGUACCUCCUAAGUCUGAGUUGUCCCUCUGAAAGGAGAGUGAUACCUACCGUCAGUUGUUCUGGGGCUUAAAAAAGAACAGUGUAUGUGAAGUACUUAGUCUAACGCUUGGGUCAUUUAAAACAGAAAUUAUAAGAUAACAAAACGAUAGUAAUAGGGAUUUAUGUGAAUGUUGUGGCUCGGAAUAACCCUCAUCUUCUGUUUUUCUGCAAGUUUUGAUGACUCCUCUUUUCCCUCUUCCUGACUUUUCUGGUCUGCAGGCAGCAGCCCAAAUUCCAUCAUUCCUCCCCUGUAUUCCUCUCCCAAGAUCUGGGCUCCAGACAGAGGCACUUACUCUGUCCCAGUUUGACUCCCUCAUCCUAAAUCCAGCUCCCCCGACCCCCUCCCACCUAUGCUGUCGCUGUAAUAGUAACUAGAAAUCCCGCCUCUGAAAGGGGCCCCUCUAGGAAGGAGCAAAGGUGCGCGUUCCCUCGCUGAACCUGGGCCUCCGAUUUACCCGCGGUGGCCCUUUGGUACCUGGCCAGCAGCUGUGUACAGUUUGGUGAAAGGGAAAAGCCAAGGCCAGAAGCUGUAAGAGCCAGCUGGGAGCCCACCAACACAAAUCUCGACUAGAGAGUCAGGCUUGGGGUCAGGGAAGGGGGACCCCUUCCUCCUUCCUAACCGUCUCUCCAGGAAUCCCUGGCUUUUGUACGGGACGGCUGUCUUUGGGUUGGGGGAGGCGCCAAGUCUGAGUGCCUGUCCUGGGCCACCAGCCAAGAGAACACGAUGUUCCCUAGUGCGCUGGCCGCCGCCCUCUGGGGCUGGCUCCCUCCCAAACCGCUGCCUCUCGAGUCUCCCUGGCCCACAUUCCCCCGGCUGCCUCGCCCCGCCUCCUUCCUUCGCUUUGACGUCAGCACUGUCUCCCGCCCCCUCUUCUCCAUUGACGGCAGCAGAGCCUGGUUACUGUGGGGACGGUGGAGACCUGAUAACCUGGGCCUUGGGAUCAGGUGGGGGCUGAAACCCUUUGUCUGUGUAAAUGGCAGAUACGGAGGUGGGCGAGCUGUGGCUGUUUGGGUCAGAGGAGGCACACCUGAAUCCUUGAGAGCUAUGGAGGGAGGGAGGGUCUGAAAAACAAAAAAGCAGAGAACAGAGUUACACACAGUACGAGGGGGCAGGAAAGCAGGAUCAUUUUCAGGAAGAGGAAGCUGAGGAGUCAGGCACACAUGUCUUUUGUUUUCCGUUUUCCUGCGUCUGUCUUUCUGGGUUGUUUUAUAACACUUCUGUGUCCCAGCUUUUCUACAGAUCCCUGCCCCUCCGCCCCCUCUAAGGGAAACACUAUUGUUAAGGAAAGCUUUAGCCACGUGACAGCGAGGGGCGUGCACUUACAACUGAUUAUGUCAGAGGCUGCUUGGAGGCCUCUUCACCUGCCACCUACGUUUCCAGGGAAGCCUGAGAGGAACUACUCAGCCCAGGUCUGGGUAGAGGGGACGUGUCACUGCUGCUCUCCGGGACCCAGGCUGGCUCGUUACUCCUCUCCUAGCCAAGCCCCUGCUCUCUUUAGGAGUCAGCGCACCGCUUUUCUUUUUUAAAUUGUAUUUUGCUGCCUCCUCUCCUCGCGAGGCUCCCUCUCUUACCUAUCCUUGAUGGAAACAAAGUCGUCAUGUUUACGACAGUCUCCGGGGUGUCAAGUCCUGACACUAGACUGACUUUCCGUUACUGCUGAGCGUACAGUAAGUGACAUGGAUGGGCUUGCUGCUCGAACCUUAGCUUGCUUUUUCUAAACAGCAGGAAUAUAAAGUCCAUGCCACCCCACCUUUUUCUGUUUAGGGCCUCAGCUGCCUUCUCUGCUGCCCCCUUUGCAAGUUCUGGUUUCCUGGCCCCCACUUUGGGGGCAGCCCUGAAUGUGGGUGGCUGCAUCCUCUGCAGAGAGGCAGUGCUAGUCACCAAGUAGGCUGCCUGGAGACCUUUUCUCUGAUUGGCCAUCGAGGCACCUGCUUUUGUUUCCUUUCACUGUAGCCAUUGGCUCUCGCUGCCCUUUCUAUUAUUUGUAUUCUCCCAUCACCCACUCACCCUUUAAUGACACGUGGACCCUCAAUUGUCCUUCUCCCAGGAUCUGAAGUGUCAGAUCAAGGGAUUAGAUUCUUUGAGACAAGGUUGGGGAGAAGCCAGGAAAUAUCAGUCUACGUUUUUCUCUCUCCCACUCCCCAUGGGUAGCUCCAGGACAGGUGUCUUGUUCUGCAAGGCUGGUCUGUUCCGGAAGUAGGACCCAGACAUUUUCCCUGAAAAGGAGUAGCUUCCCCCCCUUCACUUCCCCUUCGUUAUUUACCGUGCGAGGCAUCCUGAACCCAUUGGCUGACUGAGCGCUGUCUGAGGCCCUUCAGCCCAGUACCAGCACCCAAGUCCACGUGCAAAGAUGUGUGUGACACAGCCCUGACCUCAGUGGGAGCCAGUAGCCAAUCAGGCGCCAGGGAGAGGUCCUUAGCCAACUGGGGGCGGGGCCUGCGGCUCUUCGGGCAGAAGGCCAAUGAGGGGCAGGGCCUGGCAUUAUGCAACCCGCCUCCCAGCCUCUCGGAGCUUCUCGGUUGCGAGCUGAAACCGCAGGCGGCUGGAGGGCGCUCGAACGGCCAGGUGCUGUGAUUAAAUUAGUAAGCCCUCAGAGUCAGGCAUCCCACCUUCCUUAUCCAAGCCUCAAAAGCCCCCCGUUGUGCACCCGUGGUGACCUCUACACCUUCCCUGUCUUGUCCUCUGCUGCAUGGCCCAAACAUGAGUGGCCCCCUAGAAGGGGCUGAUGGGGGAGGAGACCCCAGGCCCGGAGAACCUUUUUGUCCAGGAGGAGUCCCAUCACCUGGGGCCUCCCAGCACCGGCCUUGUCCAGGGCCCAGCCUGGCUGAUGACACUGAUGCAAACAGCAAUGGCUCAAGUGGCAAUGAAUCCAAUGGACACGAAUCCAGGGGUGCGUCUCAGCGGAGUUCUCACAGCUCCUCUUCCGGCAACGGCAAGGACUCAGCCCUGCUGGAGACCACUGAGAGCAGCAAGAGUACAAAUUCCCAGAGCCCAUCCCCACCAAGCAGUUCCAUUGCAUAUAGUCUCCUGAGUGCCAGCUCGGAGCAGGACAACCCGUCUACCAGUGGCUGCAGCAGUGAACAGUCAGCUCGGGCCAGGACCCAGAAGGAACUCAUGACCGCACUUCGGGAGCUCAAACUUCGACUGCCACCUGAACGUCGGGGCAAGGGCCGCUCUGGGACCCUGGCCACACUGCAGUAUGCCUUGGCAUGUGUCAAGCAGGUGCAGGCUAACCAGGAGUAUUAUCAGCAGUGGAGUCUGGAGGAGGGUGAGCCUUGUGCCAUGGACAUGUCUACUUACACCCUGGAGGAACUGGAGCAUAUCACAUCUGAAUACACUCUUCGCAACCAAGAUACCUUCUCUGUGGCCGUGUCCUUCCUGACAGGCCGGAUUGUCUAUAUUUCUGAGCAGGCGGCUGUCCUGCUGCGUUGCAAGCGGGAUGUGUUUCGGGGUGCCCGCUUCUCGGAGCUCCUAGCUCCCCAGGAUGUGGGUGUCUUCUAUGGCUCUACUACACCAUCUCGACUGCCCACUUGGGGCGCUGGGACCUCUACAGGGUCAGGCCUCAAAGACUUCACCCAGGAAAAGUCUGUCUUCUGCCGAAUCAGAGGCGGUCCUGACCGGGAUCCAGGGCCGCGGUACCAGCCGUUCCGCCUCACCCCAUAUGUGACCAAGAUUCGGGUCUCAGAUGGGGCCCCUGCACAGCCAUGCUGCCUGCUCAUUGCGGAGCGCAUCCACUCUGGCUAUGAAGCUCCGCGGAUCCCUCCUGACAAGAGGGUCUUCACCACACGACACACACCCAGCUGCCUCUUCCAGGAUGUAGAUGAAAGGGCUGCGCCGCUGCUGGGCUACCUGCCCCAGGAUCUCCUGGGGGCUCCAGUGCUCCUCUUUCUGCAUCCUGAGGAUCGACCCCUCAUGCUGGCCAUUCAUAAGAAGAUUCUGCAGCUGGCAGGCCAGCCCUUUGACCACUCUCCUAUUCGCUUCUGUGCUCGGAAUGGGGAAUAUGUCACCAUGGACACGAGCUGGGCCGGCUUUGUACACCCCUGGAGUCGCAAGGUGGCUUUCGUGUUGGGCCGCCAUAAAGUGCGCACGGCACCCCUGAAUGAGGACGUCUUCACUCCCCCAACCCCCAGCCCAGCUCUGUCCCUGGACUCUGAUAUACAGGAGCUCUCGGAGCAGAUCCAUCGACUGCUGUUGCAGCCUGUGCACAGCUCCAGCCCCACAGGACUCUGUGGAGUUGGCCCUCUGAUGUCCCCCGGUCCUCUCCAUAGCCCUGGCUCCUCCAGUGAUAGCAAUGGUGGUGAUGCUGAGGGGCCUGGGCCUCCUGCUCCAGUGACUUUCCAGCAGAUCUGUAAGGAUGUGCAUAUGGUGAAGCACCAGGGACAACAGCUCUUCAUUGAGUCCCGGGCCAAGCCUCCUCCCCGGCCCCGCCUCCUUGGUACAUUCAAGGCCAAAGUCCUUCCCUGCCAGUCCCCAAACCCUGAAUUGGAGAUGGCCCCUGCUCCUGACCAAGCCCCACUAGUCUUGGCCCCUGAGGAGCCGGAGAGGAAGGAAGCCUCCAGCUGUUCCUACCAGCAGAUCAAUUGCCUGGACAGCAUCCUCAGGUAUUUGGAGAGCUGCAACAUUCCCAGCACAACAAAGCGUAAAUGUGCCUCCUCCUCUUCCUGCACUGCCUCCUCCGCCUCUGAUGACGACAAGCAGAGGGCAGGCCCAGUUCCUGUGGGGACCAAGAAAGAUCCGACGUCAGCAGUGCUGUCUGGGGAGGGGGCCACUCCUCAGAAGGAGCCAGUGGUGGGAGGCACCCUGAGCCCGCUUGCCCUGGCCAAUAAGGCAGAGAGCGUGGUGUCUGUCACCAGUCAGUGUAGCUUCAGCUCCACCAUCGUCCAUGUGGGAGACAAGAAGCCCCCGGAGUCGGACAUCACCAUGAUGGAGGACCUGCCUGGCCUAGCCCCUGGCCCAACCCCUAGCCCAGCCCCCAGCCCCACAGUAGCUCCUGACCCAGCCCCAGAUGCUUACCGCCCAGUGGGUCUGACCAAGGCCGUGCUGUCCCUGCACACACAGAAGGAAGAGCAAGCCUUCCUCAGCCGCUUCAGAGACCUUGGCAGGCUUCGUGGACUUGACAACUCUUCUGUGGCACCCUCCGCCCCUGGCGAGCGAGGCUGCCACCAUGGCCCCAUGCCCCCUGGUCGCCGACACCAUUGCAGAUCUAAAGCAAAACGUUCUCGUCACCACCAGACCCCCCAGCCUGAAGCUCCUUGCUAUGUCUCCCAUCCUUCCCCUGUGCCCUCUUCUGGACCCUGGCCACCCCCACCAGCCACUACCCCCUUCCCAGCAGUGGUCCAACCCUACCCACUCCCAAUGUUCUCCCCUCGAGGAGGUCCCCAACCUCUUCCCCCUGCCCCCACACCUGUGUCCCCUGCUACUUUCCCUUCUCCCUUGGUGACACCAAUGGUGGCCUUGGUGCUCCCUAACUAUCUAUUCCCUGCCCCACCUAGCUAUCCAUAUGGGGUAUCCCAGGCCCCUGCUGAGGGGCCACCUACUCCUUCCCACUCGCCUUCUCCAUCCCUGCCCCCACUGGCCCCUAGCCCCCCGCACCGCCCAGACUCUCCACUGUUCAACUCAAGAUGCAGUUCCCCACUUCAGCUCAAUCUGCUGCAGCUUGAGGAGUCUCCCCGCACUGAGGGGGGUGCUGCUGCAGGGGGCCCUGGAAGCAGUGCUGGGCCCCUCCCUCCCAGUGAGGAGGCUGCUGAGCCAGAGGCCAGACUGGUGGAGGUAACUGAGUCCUCCAAUCAGGACGCACUUUCAGGCUCCAGUGAUCUGCUGGAGCUACUACUACAAGAAGAUUCCCGCUCUGGCACAGGCUCAGCAGCCUCGGGCUCCCUGGGCUCUGGCUUAGGCUCUGGGUCUGGUUCAGGAUCCCAUGAAGGGGGGAGCACCUCAGCCAGCAUUACUCGCAGCAGUCAAAGCAGCCACACAAGCAAGUACUUCGGUAGCAUUGACUCUUCAGAGGCUGAGGCGGGUGCUGCUCAGGCCAGGACUGAGCCUGGGGAUCAGGUCAUCAAGUAUGUGCUCCAGGAUCCCAUCUGGCUGCUCAUGGCCAAUGCUGACCAGCAUGUCAUGAUGACUUACCAGGUGCCUGCCAGGGACACGGCCUCUGUGCUGAAGCAAGACCGGGAGAGGCUCCGAGCCAUGCAGAAGCAACAGCCACGGUUCUCGGAGGACCAGCGGCGGGAACUGGGUGCUGUGCACUCCUGGGUCCGGAAGGGCCAGCUGCCUCGAGCCCUUGAUGUCAUGGCUUGUGUGGACUGCGGUAGCAGCGUUCAAGAUCCUGGCCAUUCUGAUGACCCACUCUUCUCAGAACUGGAUGGAUUGGGGCUGGAGCCCAUGGAGGAGGGUGGAGGCGAGGGUGGUGGUGGUGCUGGUGGUGGUGCUGGUGGUGGUGAGGAGGCCCUGACUCAAACUGGGGUUAAGGGCUCAAGCUCUCAGGACUCUGCCAUGGAGGAAGAAGAACAAGGUGGGAACUCAUCCAGUCCAGCUUUACCUGCAGAAGAAAACGGCACCAGCUAGUCUCCAUUUGGGGGGUCACGUACAGCAGUCUAUGAGAGGCUUCCUUUUCAACCAUGUUGGGGUUCUUAGAACUCAAGAUAUGGCCGGACCAACCAAUAGGAAACUGCCCCAGCUUCUCCCCACACAGGGGGCAGGACCCCCCACUACCAGUCCAGGACCCAGGAGCUGCCCUCUUAGCAGAGAGCAGAAGAUUUCAGCCCAGUUUGGAGGAUUGUCCUUCCCCACCCUGCUGAGGAGACCUUCCCUCAUCCAGUUCAGGUGGCUGACAAGCUGCUGAAUCGGCCUCUUCAAUCUCAGCUAAGUCUGAGUCCCAGUCAGAGGGUUGGGGCCGCACUUAUUUAUUGGGGGAGACAGCUCACUCUCCUACCUCAUCUCAAGAUGGGAGGAGGGGAGCCUGGGGUCCAUGUAGGACCCAGGGGUUUUGAACCCCUAGCUGCUCCAGGGUAGGGGAGGUUGGUGGACCAUGGAGUCCCUGGUGCUGCCCCUCAGGUGGGACCCAGGUGUUCUCAGCUCUACCCUCUACCAAUGGCAUUUGUGUUUUUGAUAUUGUGUCUGUUAUUUUUUUUUUUUUAAUACAAAAUGAAAAACCAAAAACUCAAGACUUUGUGGAAUGAAGUCGGGAGUUUGGGUGAGGGGAGGAUUGUCCCUACCACCAGUAAGGUUGUAAUAGGUGGGUUGACGAGCCCUAUUCGGGCUUUGCUCACACAAUAGAACUACACUCUACCAUUACCUUAGUUAGUUAGCUUGGUUAUCCUGCGACGCAGAGAAGCAAGAAUGUGGUUAAGGUCUCUGGCAAGCUCGUCUCAGCUACUGUGGCAGAAGCACAUGGGAGCGCUGGGAAACCCGUGGUAGUUUAGCUGAAUUCUUUAGCCUCACCUCAAUACACCAGCGGAAAUAGCUCUUUUCCGCUGGUUAGUUUGGGUCUCUAAGACAUCAAGACCUCUCACUCCUGCAAGGAAGGAGCCCGAGUGGGUUGAAUCAACCGAGUACAGUUCAGAUUUUUGGACUUCACUUUUCCCUGCUCACCUCCCGUCAGGAACAGCUGGUCCUAGAAGCGCCAAGCAUACCCGUUGGCGCCGUGGCUUAGUUGGUUAAAGCGCCUGUCUAGUAAACAGGAGAUCCUGGGUUCGAAUCCCAGCGGUGCCUGACUUGUCUGGGAUGUAGUAUAUUAUUGCCGAAUUAUUGACGUCUGCCGCGAAGGCGUUCUCUUCACCUAGGUCCUUCCGGGGGCCAACUUUCUGAGAUUCCGAAGCCGCCGUCCUCGCGGGAACUGGUUUUACCGGGUUCCACUUCGGCCUUCAUCUGCCACGGCGCACGCGCACAGCUGCUUUUACAAAACUGCCGAUCCGCCGAGGGCCAGGGCCUUAAUAGGCAGCUGUAGUUUCACAACAAGUCCGUGGCCGCACGCGGCUGUGAUGGCCGAGUGGUUAAGGCGUUGGACUCGAAAUCCAAUGGGGUUUCCCCGCGCAGGUUCGAAUCCUGCUCACAGCGUAGUAGUUAGUUUUGGUCUUAGGUGUUGCUGCUUUGGUUAGCGGAAAAACAGUUUGUUUUCUAGUUCUUUCUUUCUUUGUAGACGCGCUCACUGAGAUUAAGCCACCUGGGAUCAGCUCGCUAGCGCCCCCGUGCGAAGCUGAAACUACCGUGAACUCAAUUCCAAACCACAAAGAUUCCCAGCUCCACUCAAAAUCUACUCAACCUUUUCCUCUACUUUUCAACUGUGUCAUCCGAAACCACGAAUCUCCCACUUGCCUCUCCUUCAAAUCUAUUUUUCAUUUUUGAGAUUGUAAUUUGAUUUCAUUUCUCACUUCCC